UACCUUCUUAUCUACUAUAGGAAAAGCUUUGUCCUCACUCCAAUAAAAAAUCAAACAAAAGCCAUUCCUUUCCCUUUGUUUGCACAUGUACCAAGUCUAGGAUUCAUCACCACCUCAUGGAUUGAAACACUAAAUUAUACAUAGCCGGCCUUAGGAAACUAUGAAGCAUCUUAUGUUGCACUCUUUAAAUGUUGUUGAAAUCGCUCACGCUCUUCCGCUACCCAACGUAUCUUCUGAAAGACGAUGGUGAAACGCUUAGACUGCACUUUUUUCAGUUGCAGGCUAUGCUGAAGCGUGUUGGUCUUUCCUUAGGCCUUGUAGAACACAGUGAUAAAGAUUUAAGAAGAAAAAACCGUCUGAAAGAAAGCAAGGCGUCGCCGGAAUUCAGUUCACAAUCAAAGAACUUUGUUGUGAGGAUAACUCAUGCAGGUGGUCAUCAAGAGCUGUAUAGACAUGCAGUUCCUGCAUCUACAUUGAUGACAAAGUAUCCAGGUAUGUGUGUUGCAAGGCCAGAAGUCUUCAAAGUUCCUCAUCAAUCAGUGUUAUGGCACGAAGAUCUUUUGCUGCCAGGUCACAAGUAUAUCUUGAUAUCGUUUAGAGAUGUGGAGAAGCUGAAACGUAAGCAUGAAGAGCAAGGAGAUACCAAAGAGCCUAAUGGGGUGGUGGACAUAGAGAUGCUGAACACAAAGGCAAGGUCUCCUAGUGAACACAAACAUAACGAGAAUGACAUGAUCAAAGUGUCAAAUGGGUUUGCAGUCAUUGAGACUUUGGAUGCAAAGAUCACAAGGUCUCCUAAAGAAAAUUGCAAAAUGAGAGAGCCAAAUGGGGUUUCAGGCCAAGGAGUGUUAGAAACAAGGACUACUCUGUCUCCAAGUAAAGUCAGAGAGGGAAAAGAUUUAGGUGAAGAGAUAGUGAACACAAACAUGGAUAGAUCUCAAAGUGAAGGAGUUGUAGAGGGCAACACUUUUUAUUCUGCAAAGGACUUCUAUGUUCCUAAGGAGAUUUCUACAAGAACUUCAAGACGAAAAGGAAUUAAAGGGAAGAAGCCUUUUGUGCCACCCCUUCCAAAGGCAAGAGUUUAUCGGAGUUUGGGAUGGCAACCCAGCCUCCCUACUGUGAAGGAGCUUUCUCCUUGA